UUAAUGUGUGUGUGUGUGUGUGUGUGAGUGAAUGAGUGUGUAUGUGUAUGUGUAUGUGUGUAUAUGUGUACGCAUGUGUGUGUAUGUGUGUAUGAUUGGGCUCCCGUAAACUUAUAUAAAACGAGAGAUAAAUCUGAAAUUUUAAAUAUACUUCGAGCCUUCAGUAAUGGAGAUCAUUGAUAUCACAAUACACUUAAAUACACAAAAAGAAAAUAGAAGUACAUAAAUAAAUAACUAAACAAGAUCGACUUGAAAGACUCUAUUAUAUGUACUUUUGAACAAUCUGAAUCAACCAGUAGAGUUACUCUACUGAAAUCGAUUAGCAGUAAGCAGUCUAAAUUAAUCGAAGGUAUGAAAAUAUUUCCUUUAUAGCAAGUGCAGGCAUGUGUGGUAUGAAGUUUGCUUUCCAGUCACAUGGUUCAGGGUUCAGUCCCACUGCGUGAAACCUUGGUUUUGAAAUAUGGACAAUCUGAAUUUGCAAUUUGUUCCUGUUUAUAAUUUCAAAAUAAUUUCCUGACGAAAAAAGUGUGAUAUAAAGGAGUUUCAGCUGUUGUUUCUAGCACUUCCCACGACCACCUGGAGCUGAAAAAAAAAAGUUGAUCGAAGUUUUCAGUUGCGACACGUAUACGGAUUUUACUACGAUCGGAGGUUAAGAAUGAUAAACGGAAAGCCAGUCACCGCUAUCAAUGGUUACAGCGGUGGCGGAGCUGUUGCUGGUUUUGGUCAAGCAGACGGAAGCGAUGGAGACAAUGAUUCUUCGGAACCGAUUAAACUAAAGAAAGAACUUGGACUUCUCCAUGGCUGUACCUUCAUUAUUGGAAUUGUUGUUGGCUCCGGCAUCUUCGUUUCACCGAAAGGUGUAUUACUCGAAGCCGGUUCGCCUGGUUUAUCUGUUAUAGUAUGGACAAUGUGCGGUAUGAUGGCAUUGGUUGGAGCCAUGUGCUAUGCAGAACUAGGCACGUGUAUUCCCGACUCCGGAGCCGAUUACGCUUACAUCAAAGAAAUCUACGGAGGACUGCCGGCUUUCCUUUAUCUUUGGGUUGCAAACGUUAUCAUUAUACCGACUGGUAAUGCUAUCACAGCAUUUACUUUUGCCAGUUAUAUACUGAAUCCAUUAUUUCCCGAUUGCGGUCCUCCGAAAAUUGCUGUGACUGUAUUGGGCGCAACGUGUGUAGCAUUCAUAGUCUUCAUCAACUGUGCAAACGUAAGGUGGGCUGCCAGGGUGCAGGGAAUUUUCACAGCAACCAAAAUAUUUGCUUUACUUAUUGUUAUUGUUGUUGGAUUUUAUACAUUAAUAUCAGGGAAAAGUGAGACAUGGAAGCGUCCAUUUGAAAAUACAAACAAAGAUAUUGGACACAUAGCACUCUCAUUUUAUGCUGGCUUGUAUUCCUACUCAGGGUGGAACUUCCUUAAUUUUGUAACAGAAGAACUGAAAGACCCUUAUAAAAACCUGCCACGUGCCAUUUGGAUCUCCCUCCCCAUUAUAACAUCUGUGUAUGUAUUUGCAAACAUCGCAUACUUUGCUGUAUUGACUCCAUUGGAGUUGAAAGAGUCGGAAGCAGUUGCUGUGACAUUCGCAGACAAAACACUGGGAGUUAUGGCCUGGAUUAUGCCUCUGUUUGUUUCCUGUUCAACAUUUGGUGGUUUAAAUGGUGCUAUCUUUGCUGGCUCCAGGCUUUGUUUUGUUGGAGCCCGUGCUAAACAUUUUCCAGAAUUUCUAGCAAUGAUUAAUAUCAAAUAUUUCACACCAAUGCCUGCACUAAUGUUUGGUGGUUUGAUGGCGGUUACAUACCUCUGCAUAGGUAAUAUCUACAAACUAAUCAAUUACAUGGCAUUUGUAGAAGCAAUCUUCUUUGGAAUAACGAUUUCUGGUCUUCUAUAUCUUAGAAAAACUAAGCCAAAUAUGAAAAGACCUAUUAAAGUCCAUAUAUGUUUUCCAAUUUUCUAUCUUUGCAUUUUGAUAUUUCUUACUGUGAUGUCUUUGACUUCAAACCCACGGGAAUGUUUCGUGGGUAUCAUUGUUGUCUGUACUGGAAUUCCUAUAUAUUGUUUUGGCGUGAUGUGGAAACGAAAACCAAAAGUAAUCAGAAAUGCUUUGAGUAAGAUUACAAUAUUAAUACAGAAGUGUACAUUGGCUAUGCCACAACAAGACCAUUUUGAAUAAACAGACAUUCUUCCAUAGGAAAGAUGAAUCUCACCAUGUAAAUUCUAAGCAAUUUGUGCUUUUUUGACAGAAGAAAUUUUGAAAAGAAAAAAAAAAAACAGUAAACAAAAACAUGUAUUAAGAAUAAACUAAAGACAAUAACAGAUUGAGUUUGUUGUCGGGUUCAAGAUCCAGAUAUUUUGAGACAUGCUACUGUUUGUUGCCUUAUAUUUACUGAAGUCUUGAGUGAGGAACCCCAAGAGUAUGGUACUGUCAGGGAAAAGAGUAUUGCUAGUUAAUUGUUGCAGUUGUCAACUGCACUUAUUAACCAUUUGGAGCAAGGAAAUGGAGAAAGAGAAAAUGAAAAAGCAGGUAGCUUUUCAAAGAAGUAAAAUAGGAGAAAUGCAUAGACUAAGUUAAAAAUCUAAACAGUUUAUACUGAAUAUAGAAUGUCUAAGAGCAAAACAACUGCAGAAAGAUAUUUCUUAUGUGUGUGUAUGUGUAUAUGUGUGUAUAUACAUGUAUGAGUUAGUGUGUCUACAUAUAUAUUAUUAUAUAUAUGUGUGUGAGGGUGCAUGCAUAUGAAUGUAUAAAUAUAAAUAUAUAUAUAUAUGUAUGUGUAGAUAUAUAUAAAUAUAUAAGAAUAUAUAUAGAUAUAUAUAUUUGUAUAGAUAGAUAUAUACACAUACAUAUAUAUAUAUAUAUAUAUAUAUAUAUAUAUAUAUAUAUAUAUAUAUAUAUAAAUCUGUGUAAAUGUGUGUGUAUGGAGAUAUAUAUAUGUAGAUAUUAUGUGUAUGUGUAUUUAUGAAUGUGUCUAUAUACACAUGCACACUUACACACACACAAUAACGCACAAAUAUUUUUUUCUAUUUUUAUGUAUUACGGCCAUACUUUUUUUCUUAAAACCCAGUUGUCAUCCUGGCUUUUCUUUUCUUUUACUAUAUUAAAUUUGUGUUAAUGAU